ACACUUGCGGUCGCACGUGAGUUGAGCUCUGAUCUGUCUCUGUGCUCUGUGGGAGUCGAAGUCAGUAGUCACUAGUAAAGUUAUAAGUAGACUACGAAGGCGCAAAGGUCAAAGAAACAGUUUAAAUACUUUUCUAAUCUAUCAAAUUAGUUUAGUUCGUUGUUGGUUCUUUCUGAUUGGCUACUUUUAUCAACUUUUUGCAAUAUAUAUUUCAGUCUCGAAUUACUGAGCAAGUGUAGGAUAGCUGUCAAGUGCCUGGAACUAAUUGUACUCGUUUACUUGUUUAAAGAGAGGUUAACAUUCUCUUGUUUUAAUUUAAGUUGCAGAGAACACUGAUGAUAAAAUGAAACAACUAGAGUCACCUGUGGUAAUAGCAGCUUCUGUGACGCUAGCUGCAGUUAUAUUUGCGGGAGUAUUCUUUUGGCGUCAGAAGAAGAAGCAAACAUUCUUUUAUUCUGAGCGUUCACUUGAAGAAAUAGAGGUUCCUUCGAAAUGGACAAAAGUUGGAGAAGUUAGUGAUCUCGUUAUUUAUCCACUGAAAGGAGCUCAAAAGAAACAUCUGGAGGAAGCUCAGUUUACAGAACGUGGGCUGCGAGAGAUGCAGUCCAAUAAAAUUUCGUUACAAGACAGAGGUUUUGUUGUCUUUACUGAAGAUAAUCAGUUUAUAAAUGUCAAGAAAAACAUCAAGCUAUUGUUAGUGGAUACUGAAGCUGUAGAUGAGGCAAGAGUACGAUUUUCAUUCCCAGACUCCGAGGACCUUAUUGUGAAGUUACCUAUCGACAAGUCUACAUUAAAUAAAAUUGGCUUUGAUUUCAAGCAGACAGUUGAGACACUGGACUGUGGCGACGAAGCGGCGACUUGGUUCUCACAAAGGCUUCUCAACCAGCAGACUGGACUCAGGCUGGGCUGCUUUAUCAAGUCUCUGGUCAAUCAGAGGAUUGUGAAGGAUGGUCUAGUGGAAGAAUACUCCAAGUACUACAAAAAACUUCAUGGGGAUUAUCUGGGAGCAUACUCUGACAUUGCCAGUUAUAUGCUGAUGGGCGAAGAGUCACUGAAGGAUCUGAACAAUCGUCUGGCCAAACCAGUUUCACACAUCAACUUCAGGCCCAAUAUACUAGUGAAAGGUUCUCCGGCAUUCAGCGAAGAUUGUUGGGAUUGGAUCAAGAUUGGCGACAAUGUAUUUAGGGGCUUUAAGUAUUGCACCAGAUGCAUUGUGACAACAAUCAACCCUGAUACUGCUGAAAAGGAUCCUAAAUUCGAACCUCUCAUGACUUUGAGGAAGUACAGACAAGUAAAGGAGGAUGACAUCCGCAAACUAGAGAACAAUAGUCCAGUGAUGGGAUUGUAUGCAGGAUUGCACCAGAUAGGCAGCGGCGUCGUACGCAUAGGGGACCCUAUUUACGUCAAUGCAGACUAAGAUACGUAGAUUGUCAUGUAAUGCGAUUGCAAGGUCAUUUAAGAGUAUGUAAAUAUGUAUUUUUUAGGUUCACUGUUAAAUUUAAAAUGUUUUCAUUACUUAUAAAUCACCAGAUAAAAUUUGAGCGAUCAAGUGUAGGUGGUACGGAUCAGUACUGAAUAGUGUAGAUAAGCUUUUCAAUUUCAUACCAAAUUUAGUAAUUAGAUCAAUUUUAAUUAUGAUAAAAUAUGUUGAAGCUUUCACUGGAGGUGUUCGAGUUAAAAUCAUCAAGCAUUUAGUUUAUUUUUAACACGUUCGCUGCGGCAAGAGCGGCCAAUGAUGUACCCGAUAUGCGGCAAAAUUCAAACUUGCGAUUUUCGUUGAAUUGGCGUUAUUUUGGUUUGAUGCGCUAUAAAAUAAUGAUAUUCGAUUAUAUUACGUUCUUAUGCGUUCGUAAUCAUCGGGACUGUCCGGACAGUGGCCCGCAUUUUUGGCAUGGCAUCAUUUAUGUUAACAUAUGACAGGCUAUAUAAAAUUUAACUAUAACUAACCAAAUGUGUUGUGUGAUGUCCAAAAGUAUCAAGAAUACUUCAAUCGACUUUGAUAUGCAUCAGGUUCCGUUGCUAGACAACGCUACUGUCCGGACAGUAGUCCCGCACAUAGCGUAAAAUACCCACAGAGCCCGCGGUGCAGAUCGCCGCCGCGUGCUGUCCGCACAGUAAAACAAAUAAAAGCAUCGUUUGAAUGAAUUCACUAAUGAGACAAUAGCCUACAUACUGUAUACAAAAAAGCAAAAUAUGUGUAUACUAUGUACAAGAAAAAUGUUGACGCCACACAUAUAGAUAAAAUCGCAAUACCGGUAAAAGAUUACCUUACUUUUAAUUUAGUAGUAAUAACCUAUCCAAUUUGUAAACAAGCCUAGCUGCUGAUACGUCUACUCACGAAAACAAUAACACAAGGGAAAAGAAAUUAGGAACACGUGUUUUAUUGUUUUCCUACUGGUUCAUAAUAGCAAUAAACAUGUGAAAUUUCAGCUGUUUCGCUGGCACUGUCGGGACAGUAGGUCCGCAUUUCCAGGACAAACUGACGUAUCAGAAAGUAAGUAUACUUCAUCUAGAACAAGCUUGAAAAGUUUCCAACAAUUCAUGCAAGAUUGCAGCACAUGACAAGCGAAACGAAUAAGCAAUGCAUUGUGCAUUGUGUGUGAGGACAGUGCCUCGCAGUUUUGGCGAGGGUUACGGGACUGUCCGGACAGUGGCCCGCAGCGAACGUGUUAAACUGAGCAAGCAGUCUGAAUUACUAUUUACUAGUAGAUGAUAUUAAAAUAUAGUGUCAGGUUAGCAAAAGGUCCAGAAAAUCUUCUAUGAAUUUUGUCUACUUGCAAUGUUUAGGGCUCUGCAAUUACCUGGACAGUGAUUUACAUAAAGUGUAAUAAUUAGCUAGUAUUAAUUUAUCUGCAUAAAAAAGCCUAACCAUCAAAAUGCUAAUAAACAAAAGUGAAGAACAAAUAAUGAAAGGAACACCAAAUGAGAUUAACAGUUAACAGCAAAAUGUUUUUUAUCAGCUGUUGAGUAUAAUAUGUCACUGGAAAGUUUAUGGAAUUAGUCCAAGUGCCUUAUCUUUGAACCACCAUGUAGAUGUAUUUUUCUUACUAUCACAUGUUAAAAGAAUGGUUGAAUGUAAUAAUGUUAUGCACAGAAAUAUUUCAAAUGAAAGGCAACGGUUUUUGUUUUAGGCUGUGAUGUGAUUGUGAUCUGGAAGCUCAAUCGUGUAUGAAAUGUGGACAUGUAGUUUAGUAUAUAUUAGUUGCUCAAGUUGAAACGUUCUGGUUUGGAAGUUUUUUCUUAGAAGUGCAGAAUGUAUCUGUUGAUAUGUUAAAGUUGAAGUCCUUAUUGUGUACUUUAAAAAGGCAGUAAUAUAUAAAAUGAGUUUUUCUACUUCCCAAGUAAAUGAGUUUUGUAUGUCA